AUGGAAACUGUCAGCAGCCUGCAGCAGCAGCAGCAGCAAGAUAAGGAGCAGCUGGAGCAGCAGACAGGACAGCAGGAGCAACAGCAAGAGCAGCAACAGCAGGAGCAGCAGCAACCAACAGACCAGCAGCCUCCCCAGGGAGGAGACCAGCAAGAGCAGCAGCAGCAGCAACUGCAGCAGCAACUGCAGCAGCAGCAGCAGCAACAGCAGCCUGGAGAUAUCGUUUAUUGCUGCAGUGUGGAGGUAAAUUGGGUAAUUGGAGUUGGGUUGGAUUAA